UGAAUCUCCGUCGCCGACCAAUUUUCUUCAGCGAAUCUUGCUCGCCGUCGCCGAGGGCAUCACUGUAUUUCCUUCUUAUUCCUAGACCAAGCGAAAUUCGCCGGCCCGCUCCGCCCGAAACGAAUUGGACCGGGCCGGUUUGCUCCGCGCAUCUACGGCGGCUUUAUCUCUACAAAACCCUAGUCCGAUUCUGGCCGGGGUCGUCCGAUCGACGACCCUAUCUAUCUCCUUGUUACCGGCGACGCUCGCCGGUUGCAUUUUAGGCUGUUACUUCUAGCUUUACUACAGGGGAGGAUACGCCUUCCUCAUCCAUCGCGAUGUCCGGGGCGUCGGGGGACGGAGGCGGCAGGAAUUUCGGCGAUCUCCAGUUGGUUGCUGUUUCUUCCAAGACUGGCGCCGUCGCGGAAGCGGCGCCGGGAGGACGGGAUGGUGCGAUUGUGGAGUACGCCAAGAGCGGGCCUGUUCUGAGGGAGGACGAAGAGGACCUUGAGGUCAAGCUUAGACGGAUCAUGGAGAACGUUCCUGUCCGUGUUAGCAACACCUCGGGGAGUUCUGCUGGAUCUGGCUCCGGCGAUUUCCAUCAGUACCGGCAAAUGAGGAGGAAAGAGCAAGAUCGACUUGCAAGGAUGAAUGUUGAUUACCAGAAAAGAAAAGAGAUAGCAGAGUUCAAUAUGAGGAGGGAAGAAAGGCUGAAAGCUGCUGAGGAAAGGACGUCAAAGAAACGUUUGAAACGCCAAAAGAAGAAACAAAGGAAGAGGGAGAAGAAGAGUCAAGCUGGCCAUGGAGGAGAGGAAGAAACUAGAAAGAAAGAAUCCUCGGAUGAUAAAGACUUCGACGACAAUGAUGAUGAUGAUGAAGAAUUGAAGAAGUAACACACUGGCAUCAUUGUAUCUUAAAACUGAUAACCAAGAUGUUUGUUGAACUGAAAUAAUUCAGUUGACAUGUUAGAUUCUCUCUAUUUAUUGUUGAUGAAAUGUCGACAUGAUGUUAAUGUAGAGAUGCUGUAGCUGUUGGUUUUCUGGGGUUCACCUAAACAGCGAAAUUUGUUAUUUUAAGAAGAUAACCAAAGGGAUGCUGACUGUUUCAAUAGA